AUGAACCUGACGGAGUUUAACCAGUCUGAUCGCUGUGAGCAUUUCUCCUGUCCAGAGAGAUCUGUAUCUCCUGCAGUUUAUAUCUUACUGUAUGUGUGUUCAUCUGCUGUGGUUCUUCUAACAGUGUGUGGAAAUCUGCUCAUCAUCAUCUCUGUUUUUCACUUCAAGCAGCUUCACACACCGACCAACAUGCUCGUGCUCUCUCUGGCUCUGUCAGAUUUCCUCGUUGGGACUUUAGUAAUGCCACCGGUGUUAAUCUGGACAAUGGAGUCGUGUUGGAUGUUUGGGACAGAAUUCUGCAUGUGUGUGUGGUUAAUUAUUGGUUUCCUCACAAGCUUAUCCAUCUAUAACGUCGCUCUGAUUGCUGUAGAUCGGCAUUUGGCUCUUUCAAACCCUUUUCUCUACACACACACAAUCUCUAGGAGGACUGUGUGCACUGUGGUUUAUUGUAAGUGGUGUCUGUGCCUGGUGUAUAACCUAGCAUUCCAGUAUUUCAAUGGAACCUUCACGGGUAUUGUAAUGUGUCCUGGAGAGUGUUUUUACUCCAUGAAUGAGGUUUGGUCUGUAAUUGAUCUUGUUGUAACAUUUAUAUUUCCAUGUUCUGUCAUAAUCAUAUUGUAUGCUAGAGUUUUUCUGAUUGCUAAGAAACAUGCCACUGCUAUCAGACAGCUUAAUAAUCACACACGGCCUAAAACACAGAAAAUGACUAUGAAUCUCUCAAUGAAAUCUGAGAGGAAAGCAGCUAAAGUCCUUGGCAUUUUAGUAUCUGUGUUUCUGGUGUGUUUACUUCCGUAUUUUAUUUACAGUGUAUUAGGUGAUGUUGUUGAACUGCAGUUAGAAACAUUUCGGAAAGUUUUGAUCAUGGCAUAUCUUAAUUCCACCAUUAAUCCGGUUAUUUAUGCACUGUUUUACCCGUGGUUUAGGAAGUGCAUUAAAUUAAUUAUAACUUGGCAAAUAUUCCAAACAGACUCUGCAUUAAUCAAUGUUCUUUCUUGA